GUUUUAAGAAAUGGGAAAGUAUUCUUUCUUUUGGUAAAUAAAUAAAUGUUAUAUAUUAAUUAAGAAUUGCUUUAUAAUGGACCUGGAAAGUUCUGUCAGGGAACACAGUGCCUCCCUAACAUCUGUUCGCGCUACUGACCGAAAGAAGAGUGCUGAAGCGAUCAAGGAUUUACUAACUAGAAAUGCUUUGGCUUCCGUACUAACGAAAAAUGCUCUAAAAAAGAGAGGAUUUACGUGGAAUGAGCUAUUUGAUGAUAUUAACGAUUACAUACUUAAGGAAACAGAAAAAUAUGAAACUUCAAAAACAUUUUACAAUGUCACAGCUCCCCUUGCCACCAGUUUACUUCACAUGUGUGUAGCGGGGUCCAAUAAAGGUCGGGCUUAUAUCAAAUGUGAUAGAAUCAUUGAUGCCUGCUUGAAUAUACUGAAGGAUGGGCGGCUUACUAAAGCAAUUGGUGAUGCCUACUUAAAUCUUCUUUACAAACAUGUUCUGACCUAUGACCAUUAUUUAGGCUAUAUCACCCCAACCAACUGGGAAGAGUUAUUAAAUGUCUGCAUGUUAGUAUGUUUGUCAAAUAAUUCCAAACUAGACAACUUUACAAAGUUAAGACUUCUAUUAUUGAUAAUAAAAAAUGGGAAAAAGUAUUGCCAAUUCGUAAUGUCACUCAGAGAUUCCCUUUCAAAGUUAAAAAAAUGCUUUCUACAAGUUCAAAAUGACAAAAAAGUUCAGGAAGUAGUUGUAGAAAUUGUAAUAUCACUUCUGGAAAUGUUAUCUGCAGAAUGUCGCCUUACUAUGUGUGAAUUCACAGAGAAUAUUUUAACAAUGAUACUGAAGUUUUAUGAUAAUAGCUUGGAGCAGAAAAAAAAGAGUUCAUUAUUUAAAUUAUUGGAGAUGACCAUCAGCAUCCAUCAUCCUGGAGGAAAACUGCCCAAUGAAGAUGGUAGCUUAUCAAACGACAAGGACAUAUGGGAUAAACAUUUAAACAGCAUUUUAGAAAUUGUGUCAUUAGAAAUUAAUUACUUACAAAAAAUGCGCAAACCCGACGAUUAUUGUAUGCCUCCGACUUUUUUCUCAUUAGCAGCUGCUGUAUAUUUUCAGAUAUUUAAUUCCGAAUCGAAUUCGGAGGUUUUACCUGAAGAAGGAACUAGUUCAAAGCGACAGAAAGUUGGCUUUAAUAAAUACAAAACUUUUGCUGAUUUAUUACAUCAACUCCAGACAAGUCAUUUGCCCUGGUUGGGUAUAGUACGCAUGUACACGAAGUACUAUAUGAAAACAGUAAAUACAGCUGACUCAUUGAUUUUGCUUAAAUGCAUUGAAAUCUUGUUAUCAAGUAAUCAUCAAAAUUUAGAUUGGGACGGUAUCAACGACAUCAUAGAUGUGACAUUGUCGAACUGCAAGUGUUUGACAACAAGUGAAUCGGAAGAAUUUGAAGAUAUAUUCCUGUCGAUAUGGAAUUCCUGCGUCCGAAACUCGACAUCAGCAAGUAAAACACACAAACAUCUACACACAGCAAUACAUUUGUUAUUAAUGAACAAAACAUUGAAGUAUGAAUAUGUACAGCCCCUCAAGAAGCUGUAUUUGGAAAAAAGCAUGCCUGUAAAUAACAACAGCGUUCGAACUUUGAACAUUUUGUUGCACCGAUUUUUCAAUAAAUGCAGUCAGUUGAAAGAAAGACUAGCGCUUUUCGACUGGUUUAUACGAGGAAAUGCUUCGUCAGCCGAUAAUUUAACUUCAGAAGAAUUUUUCCAAAGACUUAUUACUAAUGAAAAUAUCAAAUACGAGUAUCCUAAAGAAGUACAAAGUUGCGACAGUUUAUUUGAGUUACUCUUCAAGAACGUCGACCAAUCUAUUUUGUUCAGCGAAUUUGAAUUUGAGUUACUAAGCGAUACCUCAGCAGACAAUAUGAAAAAUACGGUGAAACCUGAAAACCACGAGAUAAACUCGGAUACGAAUACUGUCAUACAGGAUCAUCUAGAAAAUAAAAUAUAUGAGGAAACAGAACAAUUCAAUAGCACGAGCAUAGAUCAAGACCAGUAUUUGCAAGGCAUAAAUACUGUCCUAGCCUAUCUGAAUGUCUUGUUCAAAUCAAAGUUUUUGACAAAAAAUCAAAUAACAGAAUUGAGGCUUUAUCACCUCACAGAAACGUCUUUACGUAUUCUGCUAACAUCGCUUACGGAUAGUCUGAAAAGUAAUCAAUCGAUUCCAGAUAAAAUCAAAGUGUUGCAGCAUAUAAAACAGUUAUUUUUGUAUGAUUAUGAUCCAGUGAUAUGUGAUGCGAUUCGUAACUUGAUUAAUGAAGAUUUUUUUCAUUGUAUAAACAAUCUCAUGAACAAGGUCGAUGUGUCGGAAGAGGAUGAUAUUGUAUACGAGGGAGAUGAAUCGGAAAUGAAUGCCACAACGCUGAAAUAUAAUUGUAUCUACACCCUGGCGGCGUACUGCCGCGUGCGGGCCAAUUUUAGAGAUGAGCUCUUAGACCUUAUAUUAGACAGAAAGUUGUACAAUUUUACUUCUAUCUGGGAUGUCAAUUGUGCUUUCAAAGCGAUUGAUAUCAUAAAUUACUCCGAUAUGAUUGACCCACCACUAGAACCGGUCUUUGUUUUCAUGCAGUACUUGUGUAAGGACUUAUUCAGAAAUCCAGAAGCUACUCUCGGGUUGCUCAAGAUGUUUUUAAAAAUGUUGAAACGGCUAUGGUCACAUGACAGAGAUAUGAAGGAGAAUUGCUACAUUCUGGUCAGGGGAUACCUGGAGCGAUGUGAGAGAAUGUUUUAUCCGCCGAAUGUCGCGGCUUUUAUUUAUAAAUGUGCUGCAGAAAUUAUAUCACUGAACGCGAGCGAAAUGUGUGAUAUUGAUGAACAUUUUGUGAAAGCACUGAUAAAGAAAAGCAAAGGGAACAUUCAUGGACUACGACUGUAUUGCUGUUAUUUGCUGAAAACGCUCAGUAAUCAUUCAGUAAUUGAUGCAGAGAACUAUUUAUCUGGAUUGUCUGACAUUUUUGUCAUAAAUGUAUCAGAAAGGAAGCAGUCCAUCCUCAAAGAUGAGUCUAUCAAUCGAACUUCUACAGUGCUCCACAGUUAUUCAGCACUGGCGCUUGCGCGGAAAUCGAUGUUACAAACCGUUGCGAUGACAGCUCUGCAAGCUUCGAAAGAUAAAUCCUUAGAUACGCAAAUGGUUAAAAAAGUUUUGAAUACCAUUGCUACUGCUGUAGCCAAUAAAACUAUAGACGUGUACUUAAAUACGCACAUUUUGUCUGUGCUUAAUUUCUGGUUUAUUAAAAAGUAUGAUGUAGAAGAGUUGCCUUUGCAAUUGUUCGGCGUCGACAGUCAAGCAGCGUUACUGGAAAAACACAUGAACUGGCUCGUAGCUACAGACAUAUUGUGGCGUCACGAAGGGAAUAUCAAGGCGAGCAACAUUUUGAAACAGGCAAAGGAAAAACUAAAGAUGUCAGAGAGUCAGAUUAUUGAGGUAUGUUUCUGCAACAUAACAGUGCUAUGUCUGCCGUACAUCGUCGCAGAGAAAUACAAGCUGCGUUAUACCAACGCAGAGAGCCCCGGCCAGUUCAAGCAGUCCACGACUAACGCCACCAGACUGUUUCAAAUGACCAGGCAGAUAUUAGAAAACGAGAAGUGGAGUAAUUUAUUUGUGGAGAACAUCGGCGAGCUCUUAUUGCUCACCGCCACGCAUUUGAACGACCAUGCAGAUGCGAGUGAACGCUUCGGGGUGAAAGUGCCCAAACAAAGUGACACGUUUUUGUACCCGAAGGAGGUGUUUUCGGCGAUACUACAGUACUUUGGAGAACUAACUGAUGGUGACAUCAUGCAAUAUCUGUGCGAAGACCAACCGGUAGCAAUAUUCAAGAUUUUACUCAGGCUCUGGGAUAAUGUUCUACAGGAAGAAGUAUUGGAAAUCAAGGCUUUAUCCUUGCACGCGUUUGUAGUAUUUACUGAAAACAUACCUUUAGUAUCACAAUCUGAGGCUUUUAUCUGUAACUACGUUUGUAAUUGUUUUGCUUAUGCAAUCAAAAAGUCAAAAAGUAAAGACGAAAUCCGAGUUCUCACCUUGGGAUUGAAGAUGAUACUAGAAAGAUUAUUGCCAGCUAAAAUUGAUUUGCUUCGAAAAGCGUUGGCGUGUGUGAUGUCAAUAUUGAUUAUCAAGAAAGAGGAAGGCUAUGAAAAUGAAUGCGCCUCACUGCUGGACUAUUUGGUGGUAGACAUGAGGGAUUAUAUGAAGGAGGGUGAGGAUGUGGUCGACUAUUUCAAAUCUAUGUCGCAGCGCAUAGACCAGAAUGAAAAUUGCUUCUCAGUAACCGAGUUUUCUGAGAGACUGAAAACUUUCAAAUCUGCUCUGAUGUGUCCCAGUUACGAAACGUUGUGUAACCUGCAGCGGUUUCUGAAAACUAACAAGCACUAUGUGAACAACCUAUACAAAAACUUUAAUACGAAAGGUUUCUCUGAAGAUUGCGGAACAAGUAUGAUUCAUCAAAUAAUAUACCAUUUGAACAACAUUCUGAAAUCGGUUGCUGAUAGUAAGACCAUAAUUGAAGCAUGCAAUUGUCUUGCCGUAAUCGGGACCUAUGAUUUGAAGACAUUAGUCACCGUGCCCCCUCCCAACACUAAGAAGAUCGUACAGGCAGAGCCGAAACAGCACUUUGCUCAAGCUGUGGUGGCGGCACUAGCUGAAUUCUUAUUUGAUGAGAACCCAGCAGUCACUAAUAAGAUUACAAAGACUUUACACUGUUUGUUUAAGUUUAGAGAAGGCGUACAUUCCAUCGAAUCGGACGAAGUCGACCAGACCAUAAUCAAGCCGUUCACUUCCGAUCAAGAUGUCACGACCGCAGUUUUCAAAAUUGACGAAACCAAAUUCCAAAUUGUUGGAGGCAAAGAUUUUAUGGUGCCGAGUGGAUCAGAAAUCCAUGGUCAAUGGUUAACAAAGCUGACAAUAUACAUUUUAAACAUAUUUGCUUCAGAUUCUAACUUUGUUAAUCCGCUAAAAGAAGUUUGCUUGCUGAAGCCUGAAGUGUGUCAGAAAAUUUUGCCAUCAUUAUUUGGUCUCCUGCUUAGCUGCUCAGCAGAAAAGCACAUCCAAAUCGUUGGAGAACAGAUCAACAGAUUCUUCAACCAUAUUUGGGAUAUAAGUUUCGACGAGCGACUGGAAAACAGCGGCGACAGCAGCAGUUCGUCGAGACACUCGGACUUGAAUCAAGAUCAUAAACUGAUUAUACAAUACAUGCUGGAUGUGGUCAACAUGGUUCGUCUGCAGAAAAGUAAAUACAGAUCCCGCCCCAGUCGCUUGGAGGCACUGAACUACUUGAAGCUGGACUACGACAAAGUGGCGUGGGCAGCCACCAUGGCCGACCAGAACCUCGCGGCCAUAUACUACGGCGAGCUGUGGGCCGCGGCCGGCGCUGACUUGCCGCCUUCCUCUCCCGAGGCCACAAGUGCGCUUCAAGGCGGGAAGGACUUGCAACGGAUAUUUAGGAAGAGUUUCGUAUCACUCGGGGAGCUGGACGCAAUAGACGGGUGCGGGACCGCCCAUCUGACCAUAGAGGACGAGAAGAGAAAGCACCUAAUAAACACGGGGCAGUAUUUGGACGCGCUGCUUCUGCACGACAUCGCGCUAUCGGCCGCGCAAGGGGAUGCAGCGUUACAGUAUGGAGCUGUACGCUCGCUACACAAGUCUGGGAUGCACCACUUAGCGCUGCGCUACAGCCAAGCGCUGCCCGAGACGGACCAGCUCAAUGACGUCAAAUACGAGUGCCUGUCGUUCCUUGGUGAUUGGAGUGAAUUCGUAGACACUCGAGAAUUAGAAGAAAAAUCAAGAGAACCGAAUUGCAACACCCAAUCCAUCCUUAAAGCUUUUCGUUAUGCGUGUCUCAAAGAUUGCCUGAAUAUUCAGAUGAAGCCGGGAUGCGAAAAUAAAUUAGAACAGCCGCUCAACCGAGCCAAACUUGCAAUAUCGCGAUUGUGCCAAAAACUCAACAUGGAGAACUGUCAAAACUUCUACAAAGUGUUAUCCAAGUUGCAUUUAUUCAACGACAUCGAAGACUACUUCGAUGUUCGAUGCAAUAAAUUGCCUGUGUACGACCUUAUACACAAGUGGCGGGUAGACAAUCUACCGGUGUUCCAUGACUUCAAAUAUCUUGAAGACCUGAUAUCACAGAGGAACUUGAUAUUGGAACAUUCGGCAAAGACUUUUGACGAUUCUUUGAAAGAAAUUGUGUCAUUGCAAAUGCAAUACGCUGAAUUGAGUUUAAGUAACCGAAGAAUUCAAAUGGCACAACGCCUUCUAGCAGUUGUCAAGAACUUGCAAAAGUCUGACGAAGUUGUAUUGUUGGAGAGCCAGAUCUCAUGGGCGAAAGGUCAUCAAGACAUUGCCCUUUCGCUACUACGCAACAUAGUCUCCAAACCAAUCGAUUUCCAGUCUCCAGAUUUAAGGCAAACGGCUAUAUCAUUGAGACAAUACGGCUUGUGGAUGGCAGAGUCCAAAUCUGAUAAUCCCCGUGAUAUAAUAAACAAAUAUUUAAAGAAAAGUUUAGACGUGCUAAAGAAAAGCGAUGAUGAAAAAACUAAAUUUAAAAUCUAUUACGACAUCGCUAAGUUUGCCGAUGCGGAAUAUAAGCAGGUUCUUGCAUACAUGAAUUCGCCGAUAUUUGAAAAUAAAGUCAAAGUUUAUGAGAAUAUGAAAGAUACUGCGACGACUUUAAAAUCGACGCAACAGGCUGAUCUGACCAGAGACGAAAGAAAAGCCUUGCUAACAAACGAUAGGUUCCAACAGUUAGAAGAAGCGGAAAUUCUGACAACAAGAAGUGAGAAGGAAAGUUUCUUACAGUUAGCCAUGAGAUAUUAUUUAUUGUCUUUGAAAGAAUGCGAAGAGAAUAACUUGUCUGUGUUCCGAGUGAUAUCUCUCUGGUUAGACAAUCCUCAGCUGGUUCUGGACUCGGAAGGCGGGUCGUUUGAGGAGUUGCUCCACGCGGUACCCUCGCGGAAGUUCAUAGCCGUGCUGCCGCAACUGGCCCCGAGGCUUACUGAAGAGAAAACAACCUUCGCUAGCAACCUGAGAAAGAUUAUAGGUAGAUGUGCCAAAGAGCAUCCCCACCACACUCUCCCCAUCCUGUUCAGUCUGAAGAACUCGGACAAGGACAAGAUGAUCAUCGGCGGCGGGGAGUCGGCGCGCGCGCAGGAACCGCGCGUGGCCGCCGCGGCCUCGCUACUGCGCCGCCUGGCGGCCGCCGACGCGCAACUCGGCGUCAUCGUAGCGCAAAUGGAGAAGCUUUGCGAUGCCACUAUUAGCUUCGCGAACUACAAGCCCAAGCUUAAAGAGCAAAGGCAGAAAAUUCCGCCGGGGGAAAAAUUGCAAAACUUAUUCCACUUGGACGCGAUCCCGAUCCCCACCGUGACUGUGCCGAUUAGAAGCGAUUGCAACUACAAUGACCUAUGCACGGUGGUAGCGUUCGAUAACUAUUUCGAACUGGUAGGAGGUAUCAACUGCCCGAAAAAGCUAAAUUGUAAAGGCUCCGAUGGCUCCAAGAAAAUUUUAUUGAUAAAGGGCGAAGACGAUUUAAGGCAAGAUGCUGUGAUGCAGCAAGUCUUCAAUAUCGUGAACACUUUACUGGAGAAGAAUUCCAUAACUAGUCGGAACAAGUUGAACAUUCGUACUUACAAGGUGGUGCCAAUGUCCCGUCAGUCGGGCGUACUAGAAUGGUGUGUGGGGACCACACCCAUCGGCGCUUACUUGGUGGGGCCGGCCAACAGCGGGGCGCAUGCGCGAUACCGACCUCAGGAUAUAUCAUGCGCUGUAGCACGCGCGAUGCUAAACAAAUGCCACGAACAAAGAAAGAGUCCACGAGAAAAAUUAGCGGUCUUUUUAAAUGUACUGAAACAAUUCAGGCCGGUGUUCCACUACUUCUUUACUGAACACUACCUUGACCCCGUGACGUGGUACGAACGCCGAUUGGCCUACACGAAAAGUGUCGCGACAUCUUCAAUGGUGGGAUACAUUUUGGGUUUAGGAGACAGACAUGUUCAAAAUAUCUUAAUAGACACAAAUACAGCUGAAGUGGUUCAUAUAGACUUUGGUAUUGCAUUCGACCAAGGGAAAGCCUUGCCUACGCCUGAAACGAUCCCAUUCCGUUUGACUCAAGACAUAAUAGCUGGAUUCGGAUCCAGCGGCGUGGAAGGAAUAUUUAGGAGGUCUUGCGAGAAGACGAUGCAGCUGCUCCGCGACAACCAGGAGACGCUGCUGACGCUACUUGAAGUACUGCUGUGGGACCCGCUGUACUCCUGGACCGUUGUGCCUAAUGCGCACGCUACCGGCUCCAGAGACACUAGCGUUUGUGGCAGUUCAAACAGCGGCUUAGCUGAGCGGGCGCUGUUAGCUGUGAGCAGCAAACUCAGCGGGACCGAGGGCGGCGUCGCUGGCGGUGUAGCAGUGGCAGGACAAGUGGCGCGCCUUAUUCAGACAGCCACCGACCCCGCCAACCUCUGCCGCCUCUUCCCAGGGUGGCAACCCUAUUUGUGAUAUGCUAAAAGCUAUAGAUUAAGUGCCAUUUCCAAUUAUUGUGAAUGUAUCGUGAUUCAAUUACUUGUUUUUUGUUAUUUAUGAAUGGACAGUUAAACUGUUAGUUUUGUAAUGAUGUUAAUAAAUGCCAUUAUUUCAAUAAAAGCGA